AGCAGACAGGUAGACUACGGCCAAAAUUAACCACCCGGCUUGCGGUGACCGUCUGACUGUGUGUGUCAUACCUCCGUGACUGAACCGAAGACGGAGAGUAGUGCGUUGUGAACCAGAGCUAACUGGGAUCAUCUAAGGUGACCCGAACCUUUUGAGAGAGAUGCACGGUAACCCUGGACAUCGGAGGCCUGGCCACACACUAUGCUAACUGCGGUGCGGUGGGGAGGGUGGCUGGCGCCAGUGGCCCUGCUGAUCCUGACGGCGCUGACCCUGCUGACCUGCGUCCUGCGCAAGCGCCGCGCCAAGGGCACCUACCAGCCGAGCCACGAGGAGAAGAAACAGACGCGUCACCAGAGCAACCAGCACCAGCACCAGCACCAGAACCAGCACCACGGGGCCGAGAGACCCGGCCUGGCACUGCCCCUGCCCAAGGAGGAGCGCCUCAUCUGACCAAUCAGAGCCAGAGAGGCGCACGAUGAGAAACCAGACUGACCAAUCGAUGAGCGGAGGUGGAGGAUGAGUAGA